AUGUCCUCACUUCCAGUCCGGCAUUCUCUACAUGUCAGUCACUGCCAUGCCGUCGGGUCGUCCGACGUCUUCGCCGAUAUGCAAGGUCCCACACUCGAGAAAGAGCUGGCCGAUCUAUCCGACAGUGGCUUGGGCGACGAUAUCGACCAGGAAGUGAAAAGAGACAACAAUCAGAAUAAGUCGACGGACUCUAAAUUCUACACGACACCGUCUUCCUUUGCUCGCCUUGCCGAGGAUUGCCUCCAGGACUGGUCCGGAGGUCUCGAAAAUCUUGCGUCGUCGCCCUUUACGGAGGCGAACAAGGCUGAUUUCAUCUACCACGCGACCGUACUGUUCUCGUGGGUGAAGCAUGGUAUUCUCCCGCGGCUCUCUGCUCUCGAGACCAAGUCCGAGAAACUUGCAGAGGCGAAAGACAAGGUGGAGAGGGAGAGCGAGUGGUUGAGGUCUCAGAUCGAGGAAGCGAAAAGCAGAUACGAGGAGAUGUACGAGGCUUACGCGAGGGAAUGCGUUGCGAGUCGGGAGAAGACGAAGCUGUUGGGCGAGGUUUGUCUGUGGGCGGGACGCCUAGUGGAUUUUUUGGAGAAGGGGCCGAGUGGACGUGCGGCAGGGCGCUCCGAUGGGACUGAGGACAAGGCUGGUGCAAGCAACGGCUGA